GAUGGGGGAGAGAGGGUGAGGGAUGGGGGAGAGAGGGUGAGGGAUGGGGGAGAGAGGGUGAGGCCUGAGUUGUUGGAGUUUGUUGGAGACUGGCCUUCAGAGGAGGUACUGGAGCAAAGAAGAGGAGGAGGAAGGAAUGGGAGGCGCCCUGGAAGGGAGGAAGAGGGGGAGGAGGCAGAUCCCAGAGGCAGCCAAUCAGAAGGGCAUCCUGGUCGCGAGCCUCAUGUCACAGAGUUCCAGAAGCUUCUAGAGCUCUUACAGACGGGUGUUGACUCCUUCCCCCUGCCCACCUGCCCCUCCCCCAUCCCCUCCCUUAGCUCAGACCGUUCACUUGGAGAAGGAGGAGAGAGGGGUGUGGCAGGAGGGAGGAGAGGGGAGGCUGAUAAAGACAGAGUCCUGAGUCGGGAGGAAUUACCUGACUGUCUGUCGGCUAACCCUAACUCAACCCAGGUGGUUGGAUCCAACACCGUGGAGCAGAGGGAGGGAGAGACCAUUCAGUCCGCCGGAGAGGGGGGGACUCAGGGUUUAGUUGAGAAAGACUUGUUGGAGGUAGAAGGAAGCCAUCUUGGUAAGGUCAGUCAGUGUACUGAUAGGGACAGCCAUAUUGGUGAGGGCAGUGUGGAAGCUGGUGAAGGCAGCCAUGUUGGUGAGGUCAGUCAGUGCACUGACGCUAGUGAGACCAGGAUAGAAGGUGAAGUCGGCCAUCUUGGUAGAGGCAGUCAGUGUACUGACGCUAGUGAGACCAGGAUGGAAGGUGAAGUCGGCCAUCUUGGUGGGGGCAGUCAGUGUACUGAUAGGGACAGCCAUAUUGGUGAGGGCAGUGUGGAAGCUGGUGAAGGCAGCCAUGUUGGUGAGGUCAGUCAGUGCACUGACGCUAGUGAGACCAGGAUAGAAGGUGAAGUCGGCCAUCUUGGUAGAGGCAGUCAGUGUACUGACGCUAGUGAGACCAGGAUGGAAGGUGAAGUCGGCCAUCUUGGUGGGGGCAGUCAGUGUACUGACGCUAGUGAGACCAGGAUGGAAGGUGAAGUCGGCCAUCUUGGUGGGGGCAGUCAGUGUACUGACGCUAGUGAGACCAGGAUGGAAGGUGAAGUCGGCCAUCUUGGUGGGGGCAGUGAGGAGCAGAGGCAGAGUCGCAGGGCUGAGAAACAGCUGGCGCUCACCUUCACAAACAACACCCCUCCCUCCCCCAAACCACAGACAGACCCUGACCUCGACCCUGACCUCGACCCUAACCCUAACUCUGACCUCGACCCUAAUCUCCACUCUGACCUCGACCCUAACCCUAACUCUGACCUCGACCCUAAUCUCCACUCUGACCUCGACCCUAACCCUAACUCUGACCUCGACCCUAAUCUCCACUCUGACCUCGAGCCUAACUCUGACCUCGACCCUAACCCUAACUCUGACCUCGACCCUAAUCUCCACUCUGACCUCGACCCUAACCCUAACUCUGACCUUGCCCCUAAUCUCCACUCUGACCUCGACCCUAAUCUCCCUUCUGACCUCGACCCUAAUAUCCACUCUGACCUCGACCCUAAUCUCCACUCUGACCUCGACCCUAACCUCGACCCUAAUCUCCACUCUGACCUUAGCCCUAACUUCGACCUUAACCCUAACCUCGACCCUAAUCUCGACUCUGACCUUAACCCUAACCUUAACCCUAAUCUCGACUCUGACCUUAACCCUAACCUCGACCCUGACCUCCAACCUAACCUCGACCCUGUCCUUAACCCUAACCUCGACCUCAAACCUAACCUCCAACCUGACCUCUACCCUAAUCUCAACCCUAACCUUAACCCUAACCCCCACCGCCCCUCCCCUCCUCCGUCAUUGGCCGACACAGAUCGCUCCUCCCAGACCGACCCGCAAGACUUCGCCUUCCUCUGGCGUCUCGACCACAAUCGUCACGACAACCCAACCGACGCCGCGGGAUACCACUUUCCCCCUAACAACACCCUCGCCAUUCUCCACGGCAACCCUUCCCGUUUCCUCCCAGAGGUAUCGGCGGCGGUCUCGGCCGGCGUUGCGGUUCACCCCUCCGGCCAGCGCGUGGUGCCGUACCGUGUGACGCACGAGAAGGGGAGCCAGGUGGAGGAGAGGGAGCUGGAGGAGGGCCGGACCAGACUGCAGAACCUCGUCAUUCUCAGACGCCAUUUUAAACUGGUCAACAGACACACUCUGGAGGACCUCUAUGACACGUGUCAGCAGGAUCUGGAGUGGACCAGUAAUCUGUUGCUAGACUCUGGGGAGAGACUUUUCCUAGAGGAAGAGGAGGAUGAGGAGGGUGAUGAAGAUCUGGACAUGGCUGUAGGUGUGUCCCUGGAGGAGAGGACGGAAAGGCGGGUUACGCCCCCAGGAGAACAGGCUUCGGCCAACAGCGGUUCUGAUAGUGAGGCGGUUGUUGUAUUGGGAAGAGGGGAGGAGGAAGAGGAGACGUGGAGGACAGGAGGGGGCGUUGACGAAGGGGUAGGUGGGGUUAGUGGACUGAACCAUCCGGUGUCUGGGGGUGGGGGCGGCUCAGAGGAACAAAACACCCCCUUGGGAGAGUCCACUCGUCUGGAGCACAGACCACCAGGAAGAGAUGUGGAGGAGCAGGCAGUGGUUCGGGACUCGGAGAGCGGAGCUGACGCAGAGCAGUGGGAGAAAUGGGAGAGGGAGGAGGAGCUGUAUUGCGUAGACGAGGUGACCCAGUCGCUCCUAGCCCAGCUGGAGGAGAUGGAGAGGAGAGAGGAGGAGGAGGAGAGGAAAGGGAGGAAGGAGAAGAGGAGGGACAGACUCGUGGACAUCCAGAGUGUUGAACUGAAGCUGCCUACAGAACUGGCUCUGCAGCUGGUUGAGCUGUUUGGCCCUGUUGGUGUCCUACCAGGUGUGUGUUCUCCUGAUGACUACUCUGUGAGGAUGGACCUCAACAUGGCCAGACUGCUGCACCAGAAAUGGAAGGACACUGUCCAGGAGAAGCAGAGACAAGCAGCACUCUCCUACCAUCUACUACAAGAGAGCUCUGUGCACUGGGGCGAAUCACAGACGGCCAAAACCGGGCUCAGGGACGGGUCACGCCCAGCUCACUUCCUGAUUGGUCCAGACGGCUUUGCGUCUCCGAGCGGCCAAUCGGAGGCUCGGGAUGAGUUGCCAAUCCUGGACCACUGGAGUGUGUCCCGCCCUCAUGUCUCUCUCAGAGACAUCAUGACUGAAGAACGGGCUCUACAGGAGAACAUGGAGAGGUCUGGUCCAGGUGGUGUUAACAGGAGAGAUGGAGCUGCCAUGAUGAAGGAGACUCAGCUCUUUGACCUGUUCCCCAGCAUAGACAGACACUUCCUACAGGACAUCUUCAGAGACCACAAUUACUGUCUGGUGCAGACGGAGAAGUUUCUGAGGUCUAUGUUGGACGAGGGCCCUGUGAGAAACGUCGUGGCCCCAGAGCACACCCCCCGUACUCACAGCAAGGAUCGAGACAAGAAGCGUGCAGCAGCUCCAGUGGCCCCUCCACAGUCCCUCUCUCAGUACCAGGAUGUGGAGGACCCAGAGUAUGAAGACUUCCGAGCCGAGGCCAGGCUCCAGAGAGGCAGACAGCUGGAGAGCUUCAGCAAGGCUGCAGAGGCUUACAGACAGGGACGCAGAGAUGUAGCUUCCUAUUAUGGACAACAGGGUCAUCUCCAUGGUCAGAAGAUGCAUGAAGCCAAUCACCGAGCGGCGGCCCAGAUCUUUGAGCGGGUCAACUCCUCCCUGCUGCCUCAGAACGUUCUAGAUCUCCACGGACUGCAUGUCGACGAGGCCUUACUCCACCUGUCACAGGUGUUAGAGAGGAAGACCACAGAGUGUCAGCAGGGUGUGUGUAGGUCUCAGUUGUCAGUUAUAACAGGAAGAGGGAACCACAGCCAGGGAGGAGUGGCUCGUAUCCGCCCUGCUGUCAUAGACUACCUCAACACACUGGGCUACAGGUUUACUGAGCCUAAGCCAGGUCUGUUGUUGGUGUGUCUGAACUGAGAUGAAGCUGUCAUGUGACUGACUGUCCUUAUCAAGACACUACUGUCUCCUCCCCCCUCUCCCCUGGAAUCUACCUCUACCACUUCCUCUCUCACAUACACAAAAAACACACCCUCCUCUCUGUCUCUCUCUCUGUUUCUGUCUCUCUGUUUCUGUCUCUCUCUCUCUCUGUGUGUCUCCCUCUUUCUUUCUCCCUCUCUUUCUUUCUCUCUCUCUCUCUCUCUCUCUCUCUCUGUCUCUCUUUCUCUCUCUCUCUCUCUCUCUCUCUGUGUCUCUCUGUCUCUGUGUCUCUCUCUCUCUCUGUUUCUGUCUCUCUGUUUCUGUCUCUCUCUCUCUCUCUGUCUCUCUGUCUCUCUUUCUCUCUCUCUCUCUCUCUCUCUCUCUGUCUGUCUCUCCCUGUCUCUAACAAUUAUUUUAACAGCUGCCGAAGAAAUUGUCUUAAUCUAUUUUUAUGUCUUCACUGUUGCCAUGUUUGUACAAUAUUUGUGUUUUUGUAUGAAACUUUAUCAGGAUUUACAAACAAUGACGGAGCAAGAGUUCAUUUUAAAUUAUAUUAAAUGUAGAUUCUUAGAUUUUAUAAAACCAUCUAAGUGUAUAUCAUUUAUCUUAACAUGAUGUUUCUGUAAUGGUCAAUGUGUGGGGUUAUUUACAUUUUAAGAGAAGUUAUAUCAUUUUAUAUCAUUUUAAGAGAAGAUAUCUGGCCGUUUAUACAUUAGAUCAGAAGUGAUAACCGGGCCGUUUAUACAUUAGAUCAGAAGUGAUAACCGGGCCGUUUAUACAUUUGAUCAGAAGUGAUAUCUGGGCUGUUUAUACAUUUGAUCAGAAGUGAUAACCGGGCCGUUUAUACAUUUGAUCAGAAGUGAUAUCUGGGCUGUUUAUACAUUUGAUCAGAAGUGAUAACCGGGCCGUUUAUACAUUAGAUCAGAAGUGAUAACCGGGCCGUUUAUACAUUAGAUCAGAAGUGAUAUCUGGGCUGUUUAUACAUUAGAUCAGAAGUGAUAACCGGGCCGUUUAUACAUUUGAUCAGAAGUGAUAUCUGGCUCGUUUAUACAUUUGAUCAGAAGUGAUAUCUGGCUCGUUUAUACAUUAGAUCAGAAGUGAUAACCGGGCCGUUUAUACAUUAGAUCAGAAGUGAUAUCUGGCUCGUUUAUACAUUAGAUCAGAAGUGAUAACCGGGCCGUUUAUAAAUUAGAUCAGAAGUGAUAUCUGGCUCGUUUAUACAUUAGAUCAGAAGUGAUAACUGGCCCGUUUAUACAUUAGAUCAGAAGUGAUAUCUGGGCCGUUUAUACAUUAGAUCAGAAGUGAUAACCGGGCCGUUUAUACAUUAGAUCAGAAGUGAUAUCUGGCUCGUUUAUACAUUAGAUCAGAAGUGAUAACCGGGCCGUUUAUACAUUUGAUCAGAAGUGAUAUCUGGCUCGUUUAUACAUUUGAUCAGAAGUGAUAUCUGGGCCGUUUAUACAUUAGAUCAGAAGUGAUAACCGGGCCGUUUAUACAUUUGAUCAGAAGUGAUAUCUGGCUCGUUUAUACAUUUGAUCAGAAGUGAUAACCGGGCCGUUUAUACAUUAGAUCAGAAGUGAUAUCUGGCUCGUUUAUACAUUAGAUCAGAAGUGAUAACCGGGCCGUUUAUACAUUAGAUCAGAAGUGAUAUCUGGCUCGUUUAUACAUUAGAUCAGAAGUGAUAACUGGCCCGUUUAUACAUUAGAUCAGAAGUGAUAUCUGGGCCGUUUAUACAUUAGAUCAGAAGUGAUAACCGGCCCGUUUAUACAUUAGAUCAGAAGUGAUAUCUGGCUCGUUUAUACAUUAGAUCAGAAGUGAUAACCGGGCCGUUUAUACAUUUGAUCAGAAGUGAUAUCUGCCUCGUUUAUACAUUUGAUCAGAAGUGAUAUCUGGCUCGUUUAUACAUUAGAUCAGAAGUGAUAACCGGGCCGUUUAUACAUUAGAUCAGAAGUGAUAUCUGGGCCGUUUAUACAUUUGAUCAGAAGUGAUAUCUGGCUCGUUUAUACAUUAGAUCAGAAGUGAUAUCUGGGCCGUUGAUACAUUAGAUCAGAAGUGAUAACCGGGCCGUUGAUACAUUUGAUCAGAAGUGAUAACCGGGCCGUUUAUACAUUAGAUCAGAAGUGAUAACCGGGCCGUUUAUACAUUAGAUCAGAAGUGAUAACCGGGCCGUUUAUACAUUAGAUCAGAAGUGAUAACCGGGCCGUUUAUACAUUAGAUCAGAAGUGAUAACCGGGCCGUUUAUACAUUAGAUCGAAGAGUAUUGACAGUGUUGACAUAAACAGUGUUUGGUUUUGUUCUACUUUAUGGCUGUCCCAAAUGGCCCCCUAUUCUCUGUAUAGGGAAUCCAAAUGGCCCUCUAUUCUCUGUAUAGGGAAUCCAAAUGGCCCUCUAUUCUCUAUAUAGGGAAUCCAAAUGGCCCUCUAUUCUCCAUAUAGGGAAUCCAAAUGGCCCUCUAUUCUCUAUAUAGGGAAUCCAAAUGGCCCUCUAUUCUCUAUAUAGGGAAUCCAAAUGGCCCUCUAUUCUCUAUAUAGGGAAUCCUAAAGGGUUUAGGGACUACCUCCUAAAGGGUUUAGGGACUACCUCCUAAAGGGUUAGGGACUGACUCCUAAAGGGUUAGGGACAGACUCCUAAAGGGUUAGGGGUUAGGGACUGACUCCUAAAGGGUUAGGGGUUAGGGACUGACUCCUAAAGGGUUAGGGACUGACUUCUAAAGGGUUAGGGACUGACUCCUAAAGGGUUAGGGACUGACUCCUAAAGGGUUAGGGGUUAGGGACUGACUCCUAAAGGGUUAGGGACUGACUCCUAAAGGGUUAGGUUUAGGGACUGACUCCUAAAGGGUUAGGGACUGACUUCUAAAGGUUUAGGGACUGACUCAUAAAGGGUUAGGGGUUAGGGACUGACUCCUAAAGGGUUAGGGACUGACUCCUAAAGGGUUAGGGGACUGACUCCUAAAGGGUUAGGGGACUGACUCCUAAAGGGUUAGGGACUGACUCCUAAAGGGUUAGGGGUUAGGGACUGACUUCUAAAGGUUUAGGGACUGACUCCUAAAGGGUUAGGGACUGACUCCUAAAGGGUUAGGGGUUAGGGACUGACUCCUAAAGGGUUAGGUUUAGGGACUGACUCCUAAAGGGUUAGGGGUUAGGGACUGACUCCUAAAGGGUUAGGAGACUGACUCCUAAAGGGUUAGGGGUUAGGGACUGACUCCUAAAGGGUUAGGGACUGACUUCUAAAGGUUUAGGGACUGACUCCUAAAGGGUUAGGGACUGACCCCUAAAGGGUUAGGUUUAGGGACUGACUCCUAAAGGGUUAGGUUUAGGGACUGACUCCUAAUGGGUUAGGUUUAGGGACUGACUCCUAAUGGGUUAGGUUUAGGGACUGACUCCUAAUGGGUUAGGGACUGACUCCUAAUGGGUUAGGUUUAGGGACUGACUCCUAAUGGGUUAGGUUUAGGGACUGAUUCCUAAAGGUUUAGGGACUGAUUCCUAAAGGGUUAGGGACUGACUCCUAAUGGGUUAGGGACUGACUCCUAAUGGGUUAGGUUUAGGGACUGACUCCUAAUGGGUUAGGUUUAGGGACUGACUCCUAAUGGGUUAGGUUUAGGGACUGAUUCCUAAAGGUUUAGGGACUGAUUCCUAAAGGAAAGGGUAUAUUUUUAUUUUCAUAAUUGUUGAUCAUUUUCUUAUGUAUUAUUUUUUUACAAAUUAUAUUUCAAUAAAAAUAUUGUCUGUUGGCUUUUGGA